AUGGAGCGCACGGAGCCCUUGCACAAGCGGCGCGUGAUGUCCGAGCUGCUCCUCACGUCCCUGACGUCCCUUUCCGAGGUGGACACCCGGCGCUCGGUGCUGCUGCGCUUCAGGAGGAAGGACGCCAAGUUCUGCGCCUACCUGCGGCGGCUGCUGGGCAGCCCCGUCUUCGCCUUCCUCAUGAUCUGCGUYGUGUCGCUCAACGCCAUCCUCCUGGCCAUAGAGACCGACUACCGCCUCCGGCUCAACUCCAGCACCUUCUUCGCGCUCACGGACUCGCUCAUCCUCUCCAUCUACACCAGCGAGUUUUUGCUCAAGCUAUACGUGGACCCCUGCGGCUACUGGAAGGACGGCUACAACAUCCUGGACGCCGUCAUCCUGCUCGUGGCCUUCAUCCUGCCCGCCUUCAGCUCGCCUCCAGCCCACUCCUGGGAGGUGGCCAAAGGCCUCCAGGCCCUCCGCAUCCUCAAGCUCAUCAAGUACAGCAGCGGGAUGCGGAUUUUCAUGGAGGCACUUGGCCAGAUGGUGAAGACAGUGAUGUAUGUCCUCAUCUUGCUGUUCAUGCUGAUGUUUAUAUUUGCCAUUCUGGGACAUGGUUUGUAUGGAGAUCCUGAAACUGGAGACACAGAAAACUGGGGCAACAUGGAGGCUGCCUUCUUCACACUCUUCAGUUUAGUCACUGUUGAUGGCUGGACAGACUUGCAGCAAGAGCUGGAGGAUCAUGGGUUUGUGAACAGCCACGUGUUCACCACAGUGUUCAUCUUGCUGGGGUUCUUUGUGUUCUUCCACAUGUUCAUUGGAGUUGUGAUUAUCAAAAUGCAGGAGUCAAACCAGAAGUACGAACGGGAGCGCAAAGCCAAGAGGAAGGCUGCAAUUUGGGCCAAGAAACAAGCACUCCUGAAAAAGCAGCAGGAGGAAAUGAGCAAGAUCACACACCAGCAGAGAACUAUUCAAUAUAGAGCCUUCAAUGAGAUGGUGGAUAACUUCAAAAAGACAUUGCACCACACGGAUUCCAUCAUCGUAGAGGAUUUUUGCGUCAGCCUCCGGUUUAUUGAUCUUUAUUUGACAGUCCUGGACCUGCAGGAUGAGUCAGUGGAGAGGUUGGUAACUGUGGAGCUGGUGAGUAUGGAGGAGACUCCAAGACCAAAGACCCCUAAACUCUCUUUCGAUGUACUGGGUUAUUUCUUGGAGUGA